AUGGCCCAUUUGAAGACGCAGAUGAACUUGCUGUCUAAGCACUUUCUAUCUGGCAAGACUGAGAUGGUUAAGGCUGUGGAAUCUCAGGGGACUGUGUCUACAGAUAGGGAGCAGGGACAUUGGAGAAACAAUAAUAACAGAAGUGGUUUGUCUAUUUCUCCUGGAAGUCGGGAUGCUACGACAACUAUUUAUGGCAAGAUAUCUAUGGAGGAUAUGAUGGAAAAGUUGUUGAAGGGAGUUAAGGCAACCAACUCGAGGAACCCGCGAACUGAUGUCUUUUAUAUGGCAAUUACCACUUGGAGUAGUAAGGUAUUAUCUAGCCCUUCUAUGGGAAAAGCUGUAGAGAAGGAGGUAAGUGUUGAUGAAUUAGAAGGAAGCAAUCCAGUGGAGUCUGAGAAGCUGGAUGACUUUGUUGUUAUUUUAGAGAAAGAAGACAAAAAGAAAGGGGAGGUGGUAUUGCAAGAAAUGCCAAGACCACUACCUCCAUUCCCUCAGAUAUUGAACAAGAAAGAAGAUAAUGAGAAAUUUAGCAAGUUCAUGGCAAUAAUGAAACAACUGACAGAGAAUGUGCCAUUAAUGGAGGCACUUGAUCAAAUGACAAACUACGCUAAAUUUAUGAAUGAAUUUCUAAAAGAGAAGCGAAAGAAAGAGCCUGACCUUGGAGCAUUUACUAUAUCGUGCACAGUUGAGUCCAUAAAGUGUACCAAAGCUUUAUGUAACAUAGGAGCAAGUAUAAAUCUGAUGCCGCUUGAUAUCUACAAGAAGCUUGGAUUCGGGGAGCUUACCCCCACAACGAUACAUCUUGUUAUAGCAGACAGAUCGGUACCCAUUAUUUUGGGUAGAACAUUAUUAGCCACGGGAAGAGUAUUGGUUGAUAUAGAGCUCAAUGAGCUUAAGUUUAGGUAUGGAAAAAAGGAGGCCAGAUUCAAAAUUCAACCUCCUAUGAAGCAGUUGGAGGAGAUGAAUAUCUUCUCGGUUGUGGAUGUAUUCCAGGAAUGUGGUAAUGAGGUAGUGAUACGGCAUCUUGAUGAAGUCUGA